GUCUGGGGUAGCGUUAUAUAAACCUCCUGUGUCCCCAGAUUCUGGAGUCGUAUCCAUCACUACCACCUGAGUCGUUCUCCCAGUUAUCAUAAUUGGGCCCUGCUUAACUGACAGCAGCCAUGCCCAAGGGUAAUACCAUCACCAUCGCCUCGGCGGCCUUCCUAGCCGUGGGAGGUUUUCUUUUCGGCUACGACUCGGGCAUCAUCAGCUCUACCAUCGCUCUGCCGCACUUCAAGGAAUACUUCAACUCGCCCAGCGAUGACACUGCGGGAGGCAUCGUCAGCUCUUUCCAGGGCGGUGCUGUCCUGGGAACCAUGAUCAACAUGGCCGUCGCCGAUCUACUUGGUCGCAAGAGAACCAUCUUCGCCGGAUCCGUGGUUUCGCUCCUCGGUUCUGCCCUCCAGGCCGGCUCGACAUCGAUGGCCAUGCUUAUUGUCGGUCGAUUCAUUGGCGGCAUGGCCGUCGGCAUGCUCACCAGCACCAUUCCCAUGUACGCCUCGGAGCUUUCCACGCCCAAGUGGAGAGGCGCCCUCUCUGGUCUGCUUCAGUGGUUCCUCAGCUGGGGUUUCUUGGUGGCACAAUGGCUCGGCUACGGCUGCUCGUUUUCUCACACAGCCUUCUCUUGGCGAUUCCCCCUUGCCUUCCAGUGCAUCCCCGCCCUCAUCCUCGUAACAGGUAUCUGGUUCCUGCUGGAGUCACCACGUUGGCUCAUGGAGAAGGAUAGACACGAGGAGGCCCGUACAGUCCUUUCAAAGCUCCGCAACGGUGAAAACCCAUCACGAAUCGACCUCGAGUUCAUCGAGAUCCGCGACGUCAUCGCCGCCGACCGAGAGAUUGGCAAGGUGUCCGCCAUGUCCAUCCUCACCAAGUCCUCGUGGAGGAAGCGACUGUUGCUCGGAUGUGGUGUGCAGGCAUUUGGGCCGCUUUCUGGCAUCAACGUCAUCAACUACUACGGGCCUCGUAUCUACGAAAUCCUCGGCAUCGACACGCAGACCUCCUUGAUGAUCAUCGGUAUCAGUGGUGCCCUCUCCAUUGUCUACUGCACCAUCGGCCUCUGGAUGCUCGACAGAGUCGGCCGUGUUAAGCCGCUGAUUGUCUCAGCCAUGGGCCUUGCUGCCGCUCUCCUAGUCAAUGCGGUUCAGGCGCAAUAUAUUAACCCCGAUAAUGCCAACCAGUUGCGAUCGAUGGUCGCCAUGAACUUCGUAUUCAGCUUGUUCUACACCCCUCUUGGUAUUAUCUCGUGGGUCUACCCGGCUGAGAUCUUCCCUGUCGAGGUGCGCGCUCUGGGAAAUGCCAUCACCACCUUCACCAACUGGGUAGUGAACCUCGUUUUCGCGCAGUUCUCCCCCAGUGCGCUGACAAAGAUCGGCUUCCGCUACUUCUACGUCUUCUUCGUCUUCAACCUCAUCGCCCUCCUCUGCUACUGGUUCUUCUACCCCGAGACUAGGGGUGUCACCCUGGAGCAAAUGGAUAUGUUGUUCGGCGACCAGCUCGUUCCUCACGCCUUGGAUGAUCCAGAGGGUGCUAUGGCUAUGAAGAAGGAUGCCACGUUAUCGGCUCAUGUUGAAGAGCAUGUUGAAGAGCAUGUUGAAGAGAAACAGGUUUGAAUACCGUGGGUCCGCGUAUGGAACUCGAUAGCAGCUUGCUGCGAGGCUAUGUCGCUUGCUUGAGAACACUCAUUUGCAUGCAAACAAUCUUCAAGAGCGAGUGUAAAGGAGAGAUAUCAGUUAUGUUCUGUAGUGGAGAAUAUCGAGACAUUAACAUUGCUACGACUUGGGUUGACUAUUGCAUUCACGCCCCUGAUAUACGCCUACCCGACUGAGAUCUUCCCGUACUACCUCGCCCCUAUAUUUAACUUCUUUGUCAAUCCCAUCGCUAUGAAAGCAAUCUCAUAGAAAUCCUACAUUCUAUUUUGCUAUAUGAACGCCUGCAUCUCUAUUGUCAUUUACUUCUGUAUCCGGAAAUAAAGGAGCAGUCACUCGGAAAUCGCCGAGAGAUUCAAAGAAGAGUCCUCGGCAACGCAAGCUAUGGGCAAGGAUGAGGAGGUCCAGAAUACUGAGCAUGUGGA